AUGUACCUCGUCGCUUUGAAUAUUUUUCUUCCUUUUUCCUCACUUUUGUUUUCACUUUUCUUCUUUUUUCUCUCUUUUUCCCCCAUCUCAGUUUUAUUUCUCCUUCUUUUCUUUCUUUUCCUUUUUUCUUCAUCUUCUUUUCAUAAUACUCUCUCUAUCUAUCUAUCUAUCUAUCUAUCUAUCUAUCUAUCUAUCUAUCUAUCUAUCUAUCUAUCUCUUUCCUCCUCUUCUCCUAGAGAAUUUUUAUUCUCUCUCUCUCUCUCUCUCUCUCUCUCUCUCUCUCUCUCUUCCUCUCUUCCUCUACUUCUCUCUCUCUCUCUUCCUCUCUCUCCCACUCUCUCUUCAUCUCUCUCUCUCUCUCAUGCACACACACAUACAGAGUCAAAUAUUUUAACCUUCUACUCAACUGAAGAGAGCUCUCUCUCACCUGAAGGAACCUCUCUCUCUCUCUCUCUCUCUCUCUCUCUCUCAACUGAAGGAAGCUCUCUCUCUCUCUCUCUUCAAUUCAAUAGAAAUGGUUAA